CCAGGUUGAUCUUGGAAUCCGUUUCAGUCUGUUUGAAGCUGCAAGAUUUAUUCCCUUCCACAAAAAGGGGGAAGAGUAUAGUGCCUUCUCACCUGUGCAUCCUAAGUCUGGGAAGAGGAAACGUGUUGCAGGAGGUCUGCCAUAUGGAUGGGAACAGGAGACUGAUGAAAAUGGACAAGUGUAUUUCGUAGACCACAUAAACAAAAGGACUACCUACCUUGAUCCACGACUGGCCUUUACAGUUGAAGAUAAUCCAGUAAAACCUACUACCAGACAGAAGUAUGAUGGAAACAGUACUGCAAUGGAAAUACUCCAGGGUCGUGACUUGAGUGGGAAAGUGGUUAUAAUCACGGGGGCGAAUUCAGGAAUAGGUUUUGAAACUGCGAAGUCUCUUGCACUGCAUGGGGCGUAUGUUAUCCUGGCCUGCAGAAAUACGUCAAGAGGCACUGACGCUGUACAGCGCAUUCUUCUGGAAUGG